AUGCAAGGGAAGGGACUCACUCGACACCUUCAUCUGGCCGCCGCGCUCUUUAGUUUGCUCAAUGGUGCGUACGGACAGGGUGAAUUCACUCCCACCCCGGUCGCAAACCAUCCGAACAUACACACUCAUACUCACAUCCAUACCGAAUUCCCGCAUGAUGGCAGUGAUGUUUCUAUCGCCACGCCGGCAUUAGCAACUCCUCCAAACCCUACCACGAACGACUCAACGACACCCACACAUCUAUGUAGCUCCCCCCAACCAGCAUCCCCAACAGCUGUACCAUCAACGAAAGCACCCCCUCGAUCAGGCUCCUACCGCCUUCCUUCCAUCUCCGACAAACACACCUUGAACGAGAAAUUCAACCUCCCGUUCCCCACAAGAACUUACUCCGCCCCAGGCGUGCUCCGCUCAUACCUCUCGGCCCAGCGCGACCUGAGUGGGCGAUCCCAUGGGAACCAAAUCACCCAACCCAACAGGCCCAAGCCCCAUCGCCACUACCCCUCGAUCCGUCAAUUCCUCACAUCCCUUCCUUGCUCCUUCCAAACCACCAUCGCCCCGCUCUUCAAAUUCCUGAGGCACCCUCAACCCUACCUUGAGCGCAUAGUCGUCUCGCCCCUUUUCCGCGUCAAAGCCCAUGUGGGAGCCGAACUAAAUGCGCUGCAAGACCGGCUCAACCCCGUGGAUAUCUGCUGGAGCAUGCUGAAAUGGGCCUUCGAUAAGAUGUUGGAGGCGUUGAAGGAAUGGUGCUGGGAGCUUGUUCGCGAACAGCUGCCGAGUCGGGAGAGCUUCUGGUCUACCGUUACUGGACCAUGGCGUUGGUUUGGCGGCUGGGUUGAGUGGGUUACGAGUUACACCCCGUUCCUGUGGCGCCGGCCCUCCCUCCCCUCUUUCCGAUCACAAUCGCCGGGGUCUAGGCCAGUCUUUGAGCAUGAAUUCGAAGAUGUAUGGGGCCCCAAUCCCUUUACCUGGUUCAAAGUGGUCAUGGAAAAGUUGAAAGAAUUUCUCUGGUGGGUGAAGGUGAUCUUCUGGCUUGUUCUGACCUUGCUUGCUCUUUUAGCUGGCUUUCUGGGCUUUCACUACCUGGGCUUGCCGCUUACAUGGCUUGUACGGGCUAUUGUGGGCCCUGUUAGGGUGUUGUGGCGUGAUAUUCGUGCAUUCCGAGCACGGCGGCGGGGACACGAUGGGGCUAAGCUCUAG